GGAUACGGAUCGGCUCCGGCUGAGCGAGGAUCCCAGCUUCAGCACCAGCCGCUCCGGACAGCGCCCUAUGGAGCUCCCUUUCAGCAGGCGCUCUGCAUCCUCCCCGGAGCGACCGGACCAGGCAGAUCUGGGGCGUGGGCUGCUGGAGCUGGACGAAGAGCUGGUGCUAAUGGCCGCAGAGGGAGAAGAGGAGCCGGGGGAGAGCGAGGAGUCUGGGGAGGAGCCGCCGUUACUUUCGGUCAUCCGGCAGAAGGAGAGAGACCUGGUGCUGGCGGCCAGGCUGGGGAAGGCUCUGCUGGAGAGGAACCAGGACAUGAGCCGGAGAUACGAGGAGAUGCAGAGGGAGCUUACAGAACGCCUGGAGCAUCUGGAGCAAGAGAAGCAUGAAUUGAAGAGACGAUUUGAUAAUCGUGAGGGAGAAUGGGAAGGGCGAGUGUCUGAGCUGGAGAUUGAUGUAAAACAGCUACAGGAAGAGCUGGAGAAGCAGCAGGUGCAUUUGAGAGAGGCCGAUCGGGAGAAAUGCACAGUGGUCCAGGAAUUAUCAGAUCAAAACCAAAGACUCUUGGAACAGCUCAAUAGGGCUACAGAAAUGGAAAGACAAUUGUCGCUGCAGGUCAUUGUGCUACAGCAGGAGUUCCGUGAGAAGAGUAUGUCUACAAGUCAACACAUUUCACGGCUGGAGAAUCUCCUUGCAGAGCAGAUCCUAGAAGUAAGUACAGCUGCUAUCCUGGAGUGCAUGGGUUAACCUGUCAUGGGUAGCUUUUCGUUAU